CCAUAAAGAGAUAAAGAUAAAUACGGCGGUUUCCCCAAGUCUGAGCUCGGAGCAGGAGGCUUUCUGGAUACAGGGGUUUCGUUGUAUUUCGCUGGUACGGAAGUCGUUAAUGUUGUAUAGCUACCUCAUUUUAAACAAAAUAGUGAGAUCUGGGCAGAAAUUUAGUCCUUAUAUGAAUCCUGUUUGGUGAAGAAACAUCACUGGAGCUUGGUGACCUAAAGAGAGUAAGCAGGGAGACAGCAUGUGGGACCAAAAGGGUGAAGUUAGAAUACCCCACAAUAUUUCUGGAGGCAGUUAUCGCCUUUUCAGCUGCAGCAACUGCACGCAGGCAAACAGGAAGUCCAGCCGCCACUGAAUCCAGCCUGCUGGAGAAGGACUAUGAUGGUGACUCUUGGUUGGAUCAUGGGCUCUUGGCUGUUUCUUCUGUGCCUAUUUCCACAAGUUGCCUGGACAACUACUUUCAAGGAAGGUGAUCCCAUCAUGCUUUACGUGAAUAAAGUGGGGCCUUAUCAUAACCCCCAGGAAACCUACCAUUAUUACACACUCCCUGUCUGCAGACCCAAAGAGGUGCACCAUAAAGCCUUAAGUCUGGGAGAGGUUUUGGAUGGUGACAGGAUGGCAGAGUCUUUAUACAAAAUCCACUUCAGGGAGAACACAGAAAGACGUACGCUCUGUCAGCUCACACUGUCAGAGAAAGAGGUGGAUCAGUUGAGAGAAGCAAUCGAAGAGCUGUAUUACUUUGAAUUUGUCCUGGAUGAUAUUCCAAUCUGGGGCUUUGUGGGCUAUAUGGAGGAAAGUGGUUUCCUGCCUCACAGCCAUAAGGUUGGGUUGUGGACACACUUGGACUUCAAUAUUGAGUAUAAUGGCAACUCUGUGAUCUUUGCCAACGUAUCUGUUAAAGAUGUGAAGCCAGUGCCUUUGGAGGAAGGAGGUGAUGGGGCAAAUGGCAAUAGUGGAGGUCUCUCAGUGACCCACACCUACAGUGUACACUGGUUUGAAAACCCAUUACCCCAUGCUCGCAGAGCCGAGCGUCUCCGAGACUACUCGUUCUUCCCUAAGACUCUGGAGAUCCAUUGGCUGUCAAUCAUCAACUCAUUGGUGCUGGUGGUGCUGCUACUAGGCUUCGUCAUAAUCAUCCUUAUGAGGGUGUUAAAGAAUGACUUUGCCAGAUAUAACGUAGAAGAAGAUGGGAGCUGUGACGAUCUGGAUCAGGGUGAUAACGGCUGGAAGAUCAUUCACACAGAUGUCUUCCGUUUUCCACCAUACAAAAGCUUGCUGUGUGCUGUGCUUGGAGUAGGAGCUCAGUUCCUUACUCUGGCCACUGGAAUUAUCAUCAUGGCAUUGCUCGGGAUGUUUAAUGUGCAUCACCAUGGAGCCAUAAAUUCUGCAGCAAUUGUAUUGUAUGCGCUGACUAGCUGUGUUUCGGGAUACUGCUCCUGUAGCUUCUACACCCAGAUCCAUGGUCAGCGCUGGGUUUGGAACAUCAUUCUCACCUCCACCCUCUUCUCCGCUCCUCUCUUUCUGACCUGGAGUGUAGUAAAUUCUGUACACUGGUGGAGUGGGUCCACACAGGCACUCCCUGCAUCUACAGUGCUUUUGUUGCUAGGUGCUUGGGUAUUGGUGGGUUUUCCCCUUACAGUCAUUGGGGGAAUUGUGGGCAAGAACCGGGCCGGCAGCUUUCAGGCUCCGUGUCGCACACGCAACAUUCCACGCCAGAUCCCAGAGCAACCCUGGUACAAACACACAGCUGUGCACAUGGCCAUUGGAGGAUUCCUGCCUUUCAGUGCCAUCUCAGUGGAGCUCUACUACAUAUUUGCAACUGUGUGGGGUCGGGAGCAGUACACACUUUAUGGCAUCCUGCUCUGUGUCUUUGCCAUUCUGCUGUCUGUGGGAGCCUGCAUCUCUGUGGCUCUAACCUACUUCCUGCUUUCGGGUGAAGAUUAUCGUUGGUGGUGGCGAAGCAUCCUGAGUACAGGAUCCACCGGUUUAUUCAUAUUUGUCUACGCACUUUUCUACUACUGGAAUCGAUCAAGUAUGAGUGGUCUGGUGCAGAGCAUGGAGUUCUUUGGCUAUUCCUUACUCACUGCAUUCGUGUUCUCACUCAUGCUUGGAACCGUUUCAUUCUGGGCCUCGCUGGCAUUUAUCCGUUACAUCUAUCGUAGUCUGAAGAUGGACUGAAUGUUUGCAGAUAACACUUGUGCACUAGCCCCUUUUUUCUGUUGCUGGACACUUAAUUGUGAAACUGUUUGACAUCAAACUGGAGGGUAGUUUUUCAGGAAAUGGAUUAUAAACCAUCUCUCUUUAAAACAUUUUGCGAUUUUCUCAAAGACUCAUGCUUAAAAUUCCUAAGAUGCAUAGUUGAAUUAAAUUAUAUGCUCAGCAAAUAGUGGAGAACUGCAGCAUGAUCAAUUAUUACACCAUUGCAUAAAGUUUACUGAAUUUGAAUCUGACUUGUUUAAUAAUGGUAUUUGGUUUGUCCAGUGCAUAGUGCAUUUAAUGACUCGGAUUAAUAAUUUCAAAUUAAAUCACAGAACUUGUACUACUACUUAUGGGGUUCAGAAAUCAGAAAAUGGUUUAAUAUCUAACUUGUGGGGCAUGUCAUAUAGAAGGUAGUGUGUGGGUGUGGUUGAUUGUACCAGUCAAAAGUUUGGACAUACUUUACUCAUCACUAUGAAAUGAGUGUCCAAACUUUUGACUGUGUGUGAGUGAGCAAGUAAUAUAUACAUAAAGGACAGGUUUUAUUAACACGGUAUGGACAAUAAGGUUGAAUACAGAGGUGCAUGUAAACAGGGUGGCAGUGAGGGGAGGAUUGAAAGGCAUAAAAGGCAUACUUUUAGAAAGGAGCUCUAGGACUAUGAAAUGGAAAACAAUCAGACCAACAAGAAUGGAAAAAGUAGAAGUUCUGGAAACAAUUUAUGCUAUAUUAAAUCCAUUAUAGCAGUAUUAGAAAGCAUAACUAAAAAUGCGAAAUAAGAACUGUCUAGUUUAGUUUAAGGUCUGUUAGUUUCGUGAACUGUUACCUGGAGUGAAACAGGACAGAGUUUGCAAGAUUCAGUUUUUAUCAGACAUGAAUAAUGUGGGACAUGGGAUCAAUGAUCUACUAUAGUCACCAUUUACUGUGAUCUUAUUUCAGAUGUACAUAUACAAUCUUUUCAAUAAAUCUACCUUUUUCCUACAAAAAAGAA